CUUUUGUCUGCUUAGCUCUUUCCAUCCAUGUUCCAAAAGUACAUCACACACACAAUUUUUCCCCUUUAGUUAGGCUAUUCCCUAGUACCACUCAUAUCAUUUACAAUCCCAAUAUCCACAAAAUAAUUGCAAAUAAUUUCCACCUAAUGGAUUUUCCCCCACCGGACUUUUUCGCCGGCGCCGGUGACGGACGUCCAUCUCCGACGAGAAGAGAACUACAAGGUCCUCGUCCAACUCCUCUUAAAGUCAACAAAGAUUCCUACAAAAUCAAGAAACCUCCCGUCGCUCCUCAUCCUCACGCGCCUCCUCACGCUCCCCCGCCUGCGACGAGCCAAAACCCUCAAACGGUGAUAAUCUACGCGGUUUCACCGAAAGUGUACCACACGACAGUUAGUGAUUUCAUGAGCGUUGUACAAAGACUUACCGGAUCUUCUCCGGCUAUGGAAACAUCAACCUCCGGGAUCGGGUCCGGGUCAGGGUUCGGGCCCGGGUCGGGCGAUGGGACUUUAUCGCCGGCUGCCAGGCUGGCGUCUAUGGAAAAAGCGAGUAGUCCCUGUGCUGCUGCUUCGGGUGGUGCUGCUUCGGGUGUUGCUUCGGGGGUUGGUUAUGAAUCGAAUGAUAUGUUGGAUAUUAUGAAUAAUUCGAACGUGGAAAUGUCGUCUCAGAUUCCGGGGAUAUUGACGCCAGCGCCGGCGACUUUGCCACCAGUAUCGCCACCGGGAUUAUUUUCGCCGUUUACGUCUGAUCCGUUUAUGAUGAUGUUAAGUCCAAGUCAGUCAACGUUGUUUUCUGCACCGUUGAUUUCACCUUCACCGUCUGCUUCUGAUCUGUUUCAUCCAUUCUUUGACUUUUAGGUAGACUUUCAUUUUUGUUCUUUUACAUUUUACUUAUUUUUUAAGAUUUUUUAGUUUUUUUUUUUUUUUAAUUGGGGUUAGGGAAGAGGAGGAUUACCUUCGUCAACGAGAUGAAAAUUUAGCUACUAAGAUUUUCUGUUUUUUUCUUUUUCGAGGUCUAAGUAAAAUUGAUGUACCAAUAGUCUAUGAUGAGGUUAGCUUUUUGAUUGGUGGUUAAACAUUGUUGAUUAGUAUAAUAAUGUAUAUUGCCACAUUAGUGGGAUUCAAUGACAAUUGUAUCAUAGUUGAAUUUCUUUUUA